AAUAUGUGGACUUUUUUAGGAAUAGCCAGCUUCACAUACCUUUAUAAAAAAUCCAACUCAGUGCUGUCUGCGGCUCACAGAGAGCUGCUGAUGGUGGCUGCGUUGUUCCUGGCAGUCGGGCUGCUCUUCUCUUAUAUCAGGUAUUUCCAUGGCCAGAAGCUCCGAGUCUCUCAGCUGCUUCAAUUUCCUCUGAGCCUCCUGUCAGUUUUACCUUUUAUCAAACACUUAAUCCCUCAAACCGCAUCCCAGAGCAGCGGGGAAGCAGAGAACAGCUGUAAAGAGAGACGGAGAACAAGGAGAAGAGUCCAAACAGAGUCCCCCGCCUCACAGAGUCCCUCCUCUGAGGCCUCAGAGCCGGAUGUAGUGAUUGUAGGGGCCGGGGUCCUGGGCUCAGCCAUGGCCACCAUCCUGGCCCGGGACGGGAGGAGGGUGACGGUGGUGGAGAGGGACCUGAAGGAGCCUGACAGGAUAGUGGGAGAGCUGCUGCAGCCGGGAGGGUUCAGAGCACUCCGAGACCUGGGACUGGAAGGUUCAGUGGAGGGCCUGGACGCCCAUCUGGUGCACGGAUACGUGAUCCAUGACAUGGAGAGCGGCACGGAGGUGGAGGUCCCGUACCCCCAGGAGCAGGAGAGCAUCCAGUGCGGACGUGCUUUCCAUCACGGUCGAUUCAUCACGGGCCUGAGGAGAGCCGCCCUGGCCGAGCCGAAUGUUACCUUCGUAGAAGGCACGGUGACCAGUCUGCAGGAGGAGGGAGGCUGUGUCACUGGCAUCCAGUACAAAGACAAAGAGUCCGGAGACGUGAAGGAGAUCCACGCCGCGCUCACCGUGGUGGCCGACGGCUGCUUCUCCAAAUUCAGGAAGAACCUGGUGUCCGGGAAGGCUCACAUCUCCUCUCACUUUGUGGGAUGCCUCAUGAAGGACUGCCCCCAGUUCAAAGCCAACCACGCCGAGCUGGUGCUGGCCAACCCCAGCCCCGUGCUCAUCUACCAGAUCUCCUCCACACACACCCGCGUGCUGGUGGACAUCAGGGGGGAGAUGCCUCGCAAUCUGCCCGAGUACAUGGCCGAGAAAAUCCACCCCCAGCUGCCAGAGCAUUUGAAGGAAGCUUUCCUGGAGGCGCUGCAGAACGAUCGGCUCAGGUCCAUGCCGGCCAGCUUCCUCCCCCCCUCCCCCGUCAACAAGCCAGGCGUGCUCCUUCUGGGCGAUGCCUACAACAUGAGGCACCCUCUGACCGGCGGGGGGAUGAGCGUGGCUCUGAACGACGUCCGCAUCUGGAGGGACUUGCUGAAGAGCAUCCCGGACCUGUACGACGACUCGGCCCUGCUGCAGGCAAAGAAAAAAUUCCACUGGGAGCGCAAGUCAUCACAUUCUUUUGUGGUGAACGUGUUGGCCCAGGCCCUGUACGAGCUGUUCGCCGCCACCGACAAUUCCCUGCACGAGCUGAGGAAGGCGUGUUUCCAGUACUUUAAGCUGGGUGGCGAGUGUAUCGCCGGGCCGAUUGGACUUCUGUCCGUGCUGACCCCCAAACCUCUGACCCUGAUCGGACACUUCUUCGCCGUGGCGCUUUACGCAAUCUACGUCAACUUCAGGUCCGAGUCGUGGAUCACGAAACCUCGAGCUUUCUUCAAGAGCGGCGCCAUCCUGUACCGGGCCUGCACCGUCAUGUUUCCUCUCAUCUACUCCGAACUCAAGUACCUGGUGUACUGAGCCCAAACUGUUUCAACCAGUCGCGGAUUUUCUACGUGGCGUCUCCGCCUCACUGACAGCAGCCGGUCUGUGUGAGAGGACUGCAGGGCAUCCUGGUGUCAGCUCAUGAAAGGUUUACUUAGACAAAGCCACUUUUCUACUGUGGGUUUUCAUGUUGAUCCGACGCAGCUCAUGUUUAAAACCGCGAUGCCUCGAUGAACGCUGGUGAAGCGUCAGCUUGAAUCUGAAGCAGGAGCUUUCAAAGUGCCACUCUUAAUUUAUAGAUAUUUAUGGAUCUUUUGUCCAUUUGUUGUGAAGAAGAAUCCUGCUGGGAAAAGGCAUCAAUUCCCUUGACCCAUAGGCGUUUCCUGCCCCUGCACCCCCUCUGAAGCUCCCUCUCGUCCUCCCGGGGGGACUCGCCCUACACUUUGAGAACCACUGAUGUUGGUGUAAAUGAUGGUUUAAUUGUAAACGUCACACUUGUGCCUCUUCAGCCGCUUUUUGCUAAGCGAAAGCUUUCCUGUACCUUUGAGUGGACCUCUGUCUGACCUCCGCUGGUUGUUGUGAUGAGGGACUUUUAGGUGGAACGCUCUGGUUCCCCCGCAGUUUGAAACAAGCCGCCGGUGCCCGAGCGUGAAGCUGGAUAAGAGCAUGUCGUCUAAACGGUCCUGGCCCGGUUCCAGUGUGAAGAGCUGAGUCAGCGGCGACCGACUGGGACCAAGAGGUGGGAUGAAGCUCAGGAGUGUGCUUGUUCCUCCGGAGCCGACACCAGAACGUCUACAAGAUAAAGCCAGAUCCCUGGGUCUGUUUAUUAUUUUCACAGCAAAAAUAUCUGGGAACUGUCAAUUUUUAUUUUAAUA